UCUCCUCCCCCCUGUCUGGAGUCGGAGGUGACAGUUUGAGAGGAGGAGCGGCAGGAAGAGCCCUGCUCCGCUGCUCCGACGCACCAGCAGUCAGCCUGUCACACACUUUCCAGAACAAAACCGGAGUUUCCAGCGGUUGGACUACAAAAACGAAACCGUAUCCACGAGCUCCCGGUUGGAUCCAUCAGCGCAGGGAGGAGGUGGACGGCUCCGAAACACAGUAACGGUAUCAUGGCUGCCCUGUUUACCGAGCUUCCCUCCUAGACUUCCUUCAUAUCUACACCCACACAUACAUAAACCUCCCUGUAAACCACACAAACACACUCACUUUUGAGUUGUGGUGUGUGUGAGUACAUGUGAAGGAUGACAACCUCCCAUCUGAACGGCCAUGUUGCUGGGGAGGGAGGGGGAGGAGGAGGAGGAGGAGGAGGAGGGGAUGAAGAGCUGAGGGGAGGACAGCAGCACAGAGAAAUGGCCGUCGACUGUCCGGGAGAGCUGGGGGGUCGGAUGCUACCGCUCCGACGUUCUGCACAGCUGGAGAGGAUACGACAACAUCAGGAGGACCUUCGGCGUCGUAGAGAGGAGGAGGGUCGGCAGCUUGACCUGAACGCCUCACUCAGGCUCAGGAAGCUCUCCCAGAAUCCCCACAUCGGCAUAGACAACCCCACAUUCCUGGAAGACGCAUACAUACCGCAGCAGACAUCGCUCACCAGCCAGCACGCACAUGCACUGCUGGAGUUGGAGGAGUUGUUGCUGUCACUGAAGCAGGUCCGAGGCUGCCUGUCCGACCAGCAGAGUCAGAAUGACAUAGAGCUGGUUCUUGCACUACUAAACAAGUCUGACUUCCAGUCAGCGCUGAAGAUCCACAAUGCUGUGGCCACCAGCAUGCACCGACCCUCUCCUCCAUACCCCCACACACACCAGGCACUUCAGCUGGCCAUGGAGGUAAGGGAUCUCAUCCAGUCAAGUCAGAACAAAGAGGGACUUGAACUCCACAGCCUGCUGUCAGACACACACAUCCAGUCAUUGUUCCUGGCCCAUGACAGCAUAGCAGAGACGGAAAUGCAGCCCGAAGCAGUGCCUGACCAGGGAGAAACACUGACCCAGUGGGGAGGAGAGACUGUCAAGAUCGUUCGCAUAGAGAAGGCCCAAGAUAUACCACUGGGAGCGACUGUUCGUAAUGAAAUGGAAAGUGUCGUGAUUAGUCGCAUUGUUCGCGGCGGAGCAGCUGAGCGGAGUGGACUGUUAUCAGAGGGAGAUGAAAUCUUGGAGAUCAACGGCAUUGAGAUAAGAGGGAAAGAUGUCAACCAAGUCUUUGACAUUCUCGCGGACAUGCAUGGCCUACUGACCUUUGUGCUGAUUCCCAGCAAUCAGAGCAAACCUCCUCCUGUCAAAGAGACUGUGGUCCAUGUGAAGGCUCAUUUUGACUACGACCCCUCAGAUGACCCUUAUGUGCCGUGCAGAGAGCUGGGCUUGUCUUUCCAGAAAGGAGACAUUCUCCACAUCAUCAGUCAGUCAGACCCCAACUGGUGGCAGGCUUACAGGGACGGAGAUGAGGAUAACCAGCCGCUGGCUGGACUGGUACCAGGGAAGAGUUUUCAGCAGCAGAGAGAAGCUAUGAAACAAACCAUAGAAGAAGACAAGGAGCCUGAGAAGCCUGGGAAGCUGUGGUGUGCAAAGAAGAACAAGAGGAAGAGAAAGAAGCCGUUGUACAACACACACAAGAAUGAUGAUUUUGAUAAUGAGGAGAUUCUCACCUAUGAGGAGAUGGCUCUGUACCACCAGCCAGCCAAUAGGAAGCGGCCUAUUGCACUGAUCGGUCCAACCAGCUGUGGACAGGGAGAACUUAGGCAGAGACUCCUCAACAACCAACCAGAACGUUUUGCUGGAGCUGUACCUCACACCACGAGAAGCCGUAGAGAAGGAGAGCUGGGUGGUCGAGAUUACCACUUUGUGUCUCGUCAGACGUUUGAGGCAGAGCUGGCAGCUGGGAAGCUGAUCGAAUCUGGUGAGUUUGAGAAGAACUUGUAUGGGACCAGUUCAGACUCAGUGAGGCAGGUCAUCAACACUGGAAAGAUCUGUGUGCUCUGUCUGCACACACAGGCUCUAAAGGUGCUGAGGAGUUCAGACUUGAAGCCUUACAUCAUCUUUAUAGCUCCACCCUCCCAGGAAAGACUCCGCGCCCUGUUGGCUAAAGAGAACAAGAACCCCAAGCCCGAGGAGCUGCGGGACAUUAUAGAGAAAGCGCGAGAGAUGGAGCAGAGCUGUGGUCACCUGUUUGAUGCCGUCAUCGUCAACACCGACCAGGACAAAGCCUACACCGAGCUGCUACGACUCAUCAACAAACUGGACACUGAACCUCAGUGGGUGCCCUGCUCCUGGCUGCGCUGAAAACACACACACAUCCUUCACAGAGCCCAUUUCUACACAUUUCUCAAACUGGACCUGCUUUUACACAGUGUGCUGUGCUGAUGUUUAUGACAUAACAUUAGGGUUGAUGUAAGGAAAAACAGGAAUGAGAGAUUUUGAGAAUAAAGUCCUAAUAUUAGUAGAAUAUAUAUAUAUAUAUAUAUGAAAUCAAGUGUCACAACAUCAUUAGAAAAAGAUGAGUUGCUAAAGUUGUUAUUUUACAAGGAAAUGUCCAAAUAUUACAAGAAUAAAAUAUGAAAGUGAUAUUUAUUAUGCAAAAGCAACUAUGCAUUUUCUUUUAGUUUGAUGAAAUCACAAAAUGUAUUUAGGCUAUAAAAAUUUAGUUAUAAUAUGCCAAGAAAACAGAUUGUUAUUUUGAGAACAAAAUGGGAUAAGUGUGGGUCGAUUUUAGCGACUCAAACAUUACUUGUUUUUUAACCGAACUGUCACUUUGGUAUUAUUGGGUUUGGGCUAAGCAGAGGUAGCAACUCAUCAACAGAACAUGAACUUUAAUGAUUCACAGUCCAUUACUUCAGACUGCCUGUUAUGUGUGUUUAUUUCACUUCAGUUUCCUUGAACAUAGUUUAGUUAGGUGCUCAUUAGUUUAAUGGGACGUGGCAUUCAAAUAAAUGUCUUGUAAAAUUCCAACUCAAAAGUGAAGUGAAAUAUUAUUUGAAAUUUAAAUUAAAUUAUUAUUUCAUAAUUUGGGGGAUUUCCUCGCAAUUCUGACUUUAAUCGUAACCUUGAACAUUUUGUUAUCAAGCUUUUCUCAAGAAGUUCUCAUUUAAAAGCUGUUUUCAGACAUGAACUCUGGAGAAUGUCCGCACUUUCUCCGCUGUUUGCUUUUUACACUUGAACAAUGCAGCAGGAGAUUCUCCGCUCAGAUGUGUUCACAACACAGAAAUCUCUCUUGAGUUCAGGUGAGGGGUGCUGCAGCAGGCAGAGGCAGGACGUCGCGUAUAAAUUCUGCUGCAACAAUUACAUGUUUUUUUCACGGCAUAUCAACACUGGCACUCGGCCCUUAUCACCAAAAACUCUCUUGACCUCUUCAUCUGUGUCUUCUAUGUGUAUGGCACUGCUUUUUCAUCCUGAGAUAUUCUUAUUAUUUGGGGCUUUCUGAUCAUGACACAACCAUUUAUUCUUAAGACAACAACGUUGUAAUAUUUUGAGUUGAAGUCAAAUUAUACAAUGUCCAUACUCGUUUUUAUUCUUAAUUCUUUUUAAAUUGUCAGUUUCUCAUAAAACUACAACUUAGUUCUGUCAUUAAUCAUAACACAUUUCAUCUUCAAAAUAAGGUUUUCUGGUGAUACUAUGACUUUAUUCUCAGAAUUAUUUCCUCCAUGACUGUAUUCCUGCAUAAUCUUUUUCCUUAUAAAAGUACAACUUCUCCAGAAGUUAGUGACUUAUAGUAACUCCAUCUACAUCACAGCCGUUUCUCUUAACAUUGGCCCUAAUACAUUUUGUAGAGAAUACAUCCUCUGCACACUCUUGACCUGGUGUCACUGAUCACACAAAAUGGACACAUUUUAGUUCAUUGACCGACUGUCGUGAAAGGGAGGGAAACCUUUCUUUUACAUGACAUUGUUAUGACAGUUAUCUCUGUCAUCCUGAAAUACUGAGAAUUUAUUUUUCUUUCUUGUUUUGUUCUUUAUCAGAGAUGCUGGACCUCUUUCAUGGUGCCUCCUUAGACUUUACCCUGUGAUCAUUUAAAUUAUGACACACAUCAUUUUAACUUGUACACUUUUACAGUCCAGAUGAUCAAUGUAAACUUCUGAAUUUGAGUUUAAACUUCUUAAUGUUGGGUUAGAUAUGUCAAAAUGUGCACAGAUGCCCCUAGUGAGAAGUAAAUGUGAAACACACACAAACAGACAUUAACAUGAAUAUACAGUCACACACACACACAUGCAUUAAUAUACACACACAGCCAUUUAGUGCAUAUAUAAAUUCACACUGAGCCACUACAUUUGUUGCUAUGAAGAACACACACGUGUCCUUUACGUGCACACCACAGCGUGCGUUAGCCACUGACGUCCCCUCGUACUGCAGGAGUUUGGCGACGGCCUUAAACUGCAGCCUUCUGGACCCUGACUGACUGACCCACUGACCUAUUGACUCACUCACUGGUUAAUGUAGACACUAUUGCAAUAAACACUAAAAUAAAACACAGCACUUGAUAUCACUUUUUACUUGCUGACUUUUUUUUCCUGACUGACCAAUGACAGCUUCCCAUGUCAGCUGACCUGUCUGAUCACAUUCAAGUAGAACUCUGAGCCUGAGCCCUGAGAGGGACUGGGUUAUUAGUUGUGUUCCUGAUCGACACCAGUGCUGAAUUUAUGAUAUAAUUAGUGUGCAAGCGUGUGUGUGCGAAUGGUUCUGUGUGUGUGCUUGUCUGUAAAGAUGGUGUAGUAUGAAGUAGACCUGACACAAUAUCACUGUUAUCACUGUAGAAUAUAUAUAUAUAUAUAUAUAUUGAAAAAAGCUAAUGCUUAAAAUAGAAGUCCAGAAUGCACCAAUAGAAUUGCAGGUUUCACCCCCGUGCCUCCCUGUCAUUGGUCCAGGAGGAAGAGGGGGGCAGGGGAAAGUGAAUUAACUGUAUUGAAUGUAAAAUUAAAUUUCCUGUGUAUCAGAUAUCACAUGUUCCUGAGAGAAUCUGCUUUUUGUAUGAAUAUUCACAACGAAUAAAUAAUAGAUGGCUACAAA